AUGGAAUUUUUAUAUAAUGUUCAGCUUUUCCAAAAAGGGAUUGAAGAAAUCAAAUUAAUGAAAAAUUUGAUAAGCGGAAAAAUCGAUAUCGCUGCGAUCAAAAAUGAAGGAAGUUACAUGAACAAACUAGCCAAAAUCAGAUUAUUAAAUGAAAAAAAUAAAAAAUACAACGAUUUAGCUAGCUCGGAAAAAAUAAAAUCAUGCGCUGCUAAAAAAGGAAAAAAAUCAAGAAAUAACUCAUCAAAUGGAAAUAAAAAAGAAGGAAAAAAUGAAGACAACUCAAACAACCAAAAUAGUCAAAAUAACGAAAACAACCAAAACAACCAAAAUAAUCAAAAUAAUGAAAAUAACCAAAACAGCCAAAAUAACCAAAAUGGAAAUAAUGGUAAUGAUGGCUCUGAUGAUGGUGAAGAUAAAGAAAAAAAAAAUAACUUCAUAGAAAACAAUUCCGAUGAUGAAGAAGAGAAAGAAGAGGAAAAAGAGGAAAAAGAAGAAGAAAAAGAAGAAGACGAAAAAAAUAAAUUUAUAGAAAACAAUUUCGAUGAUAUCCAAAACGAAAAUAAUAGCGAAAUUACAAAUAAUGUACACACAAAUGAAGAUAAUAAUAUUAUAAAUAGAGUUGACUCACCAAUUAAGGAAUACAGCUAUGAAGAUUCUCGUAUUGAAGCUUGUAUAUAUGAAAAUAUAAAAACUGAAAAUGAACAAAUAAAUAAUGAUAAAUUUAAUGAAAAUAAAAAAGAUUAUUAUGGAAAUCCAUUUACUGCUAGUAGCUGUGAAGAUGCCAUGAAAAUGUCUAUCCCAAAUGGUUCAUUUGCUAAUUCCAAUGAAAUAAAUAAAGAAGAUAAAAAUAAAACAAAUAAUGUUGUAAAAAAAAUAAAAUUUCAAGAUGAACAAAAUGAUGAAGAUAACAAACCACCACAAUAUUCCAGUUUUAUAAAACAUUAUGUUACUAAUGUUGGAGAUAACAAUAAAUAUAUUUUAAAAAAUAAUAUCCCAAAUUUUCCAAUCGAAUCUCAAUCAUUUGAAUUUAACAAAUCUAAUGAAAUGAGCUCAUUUGAUUAUAAUAGUUUGUCUUCAAUAGAACAAAAAAAAAAAUGUUGCACCCUUCCAAAUUUCUGUAGUUUUGGUGGAAAUAAUAAUGAAAAUGAAAACGAAAAUGAAAAUGAAAAUGAUAAUAAAGAAUCUUUUGAAAAAUCCGAAACAAAUGAAUUUAAAACAACUAAAAGCCAUGCCUCAAUCCACCCAGGAUAUUAUGACAAUUUUAAUUAUAAAAAUAUUUUCAGUUCUCUUAAAAAAUAUGAUUGUACAAAUCCAACCAAUUAUUUACAAAACUACAAUUGUAUGAGGAACACACAAGAAUUUAUUAAAAAUCACUCAAUAGAAGAAGGAAUUGAAUUCAUUAAAAAUAAUGUCGAUUUUGAAAAAAUAAAAACAAAUGUAGAUGUAGAAAAAAUUGCAAAAAGUUUAACUAUGAAUAGUUUAAAACAAAAUUUAAGUGUCGAUUUUAUUAAAAAUAAAAUAGAUAUAGAAAAAAUAUCAAAAGGAUUAAAUGUUAGACAAAUUAUGUCAAAAAUAUAUAUCAAAAGUCCUAAACAUAAUAUCGAUUUUCAAACUAUUAAAAAAUACAUUGAUAUUAAUCAAAUUACACAAAAUGCUGAUAGUUUUGAUGGAAGUUAUGAAUUAGAAGACUUAUUUACUAAUUAUAUACAAACUUAUGUAGAUAAUAUUAAAGAAACAGUUGAUAUGCAAAAAAUGAAAAAUAAUUCUUAUGGUAUAUUUCAAAGUUGCAAUCCACAAUUAUUAAAUAAAAAUUAUUCUAAAGCAGCUACAAAAAGUAUACAAGCUAUUAAUUCAAUGUAUUCAAAAAGUAUAUCCAAUUUGAGCUUAGAUGAUCAUAAAAAAUUUAUUGCAUUUAAUCAAAGCAAAUCGGCUAGCUUAAUCAAAUCAUAUUAUACCAAAAAAGCUACUUCUGUUCAAAAAAAAAUCGAAGUUAACAAAAAAUUCUUAAACAAUUAUUUUAAUGCCUGUAUGAUAGAUUGUACUAAUAAUUCAGAAAUAUCAGGAUCAAAUGAAUUAGCUCAAAAUUCUUUUGCUGAUUAUCAAUAUAGUAAAUCCGGAUCAUCCUACCCAGAAAAAUCCAUGGAUCUUGAAGAUAUGAGACUCAAAUCAUUUUUCAAAACAGCUAACUACAAUGAUGCAGAAAAGAAAUUUUAUUCAGGUAUGUGCUGUGGUGGUGCAAAGAGUGUAGAUGGUGAUGAAACAUUAAACAAUGAGCCAUCUUUAACACCCGAGCAAUCUAUGAAUCUUGAAGAUAUGAGACUUAAGUCAUUUUUCAAAACAGCUAAUUACAAUGAUGUUCAGAAAAAAGGAUUAUGCUCUGGCAUAUGUUGUGGUGGUGCAAAGAGUGUAGAUGCUGGUGAGGCCUUAAAUAGUGAACCAUCAUUAGUACCAGAAGAAUCUAUGAACCUUGAAGACAUGAGACUCAAAUCAUUUUUCAAAACAGCUAACUAUAAUGAUGUUCAGAAAAAAGGAUUAUGCUAUGGCAUGUGCUGCGGUGGUGAAAAAAGUAUGGAUGUUUAUGAGGCCUUAAAUAGCGAACCAUCAUUGGUACCAGAACAAUCUAUGAACCUUGAGGAUAUGAGACUCAAAUCAUUUUUCAAAACAGCUAACUAUAAUGAUGUUCAGAAAAAAGGAUUAUGCUCAGGUAUUUGCUGUGGAGGUGCAAAGAAUAUAGAUGCAGAUGAAGCUUUAAAUAGUGAACCAUCAUUAGUACCAGAAGAAUCUAUGAACCUUGAAGAUAUGAGACUUAAAUCAUUUUUCAAAACAGCUAACUAUAAUGAUGUUCAGAAAAAAGGAUUGUGCUCUGGCAUAUGUUGUGGUGGUGCAAAGAGUAUGGAUGCAGAUGAAGCAUUAAACAGUGAACCAUCAUUAGUACCAGAACAAUCCAUGAAUCUUGAAGACAUGAGACUUAAGUCAUUUUUCAAAACAGCUAACUAUAAUGAUGUAGAAAAGAAGAAAUUUUAUUCAGGUAUGUGCUGUGCUGCUGCAAAAAGUGGAGAUGCUGAUGAAGCUUUAAAUAGUGAACCAUCGAUAGUACCAGAACAAUCUAUGAACCUUGAAGACAUGAGACUUAAAUCAUUUUUCAAAACAGCUAACUAUAAUGAUGUUCAGAAAAAAGGAUUAUGCUCAGGUAUUUGCUGUGGAGGUGCAAAAAGUGGAGAUGCUGAUGAAGCUUUAAAUAGUGAACCAUCAUUAGUACCAGAAGAAUCUAUGAACCUUGAAGAUAUGAGACUUAAAUCAUUUUUCAAAACAGCUAACUAUAAUGAUGUUCAGAAAAAAGGAUUAUGCUCAGGUAUGUGCUGUGCUGCUGCAAAGAGUAUGGACGCAUAUGAAGCUUUAAAUAGUGAACCAUCGUUAGUACCAGAACAAUCUAUGAAUCUUGAAGACAUGAGACUUAAGUCAUUUUUCAAAACAGCUAACUAUAACGACGUUCAGAAAAAAGGAUUAUAUUCCGGUUUGUGUUGUGCUGCUGCAAAAAGUGGAGAUGCUAAUGAGGCCUUAAAUAGUGAACCAUCAUUAGUACCAGAAGAAUCGAUGAACCUUGAAGAUAUGAGACUUAAAUCAUUUUUCAAAACAGCUAACUAUAAUGAUGUUCAGAAAAAAGGAUUAUAUUCCGGUAUGUGUUGUGCUGCUGCAAAGAGUAUGGAUGCUGAUGCAACUUUAAAUAGUGAACCAUCUUUAGCACCAGAACAAUCAAUGAACCUUGAAGAUAUGAGACUCAAAUCAUUUUUCAAAACAUCUAACUACAAUGAUAUAGAAAAGAAAAAAGGAUUUUUCUCUGGUAUGUAUUGUGGUGCUGCAAAAAGUAUGAAUGCUGACGAAACUUUAGAUAAAGACAGCACAGUUCAUUUUGAGACUCAAGAAUCAGAAACCUGUGAAUGCCCUCAUAAACAUUUAGAGCAAGCAAAUCAACAUGAUGAUGAUUUAGAAACAAAUGCUACAUGCUUUAGCAGACCUAAAAAUCAUUUAAGAUAUAUGAAAGUCGUAUUACCCAAUAAUGAAGAAAGCGACAUCAUAUAUGAUGACAGAAAAAAAGUAUUCUUUGAUUUAGAUGGCAAUGCUUAUGCACAUAUUGUACAUAAUUUAUACUUUAAUGUAAAAGAUAAAUUAGUUUAUGAAAUUUAUUAUGUUGAUGAAAUUAAUUAUGAACAAAUCAGAAAUUCUUUGGUUAGAUUUGGUAACUACAUGGUUACUGAAAAAUAUGCACCAUGCAAAAUUAUUAUGGAAAUGUGCAAAAAAUUCAACAAUAUGAUGAACAACAUUCUAGGAGUGAAUAAGAGCGAAACAUACUAUCUUGACAGAGAAAAUCUUGUCGAAGUUAUAAUUAAAUAA